AUGCGCGGGGCGCGCGUGGAGGUCUGCCAGAGCUGCUACAACGCCGGCAUCGGUUCGUGCGAGGAGAGGGGCGGCAGUGGCAGCGGGCGGUGGCGUUGCUCGGGGAGCUUGGGCGCUCUCUCGAGACGGACGUGGUCUCCUAUCGCGGCGGGCAACGCGGCAGCCGGCGCGUGCAGGAAGUGCGGGCAGUGGCGGCAUGCCCUGUCGCUGUUCGAGGGGACGAUGCGGUGCGCAGGCGUGGAGGCGAACGCUGUCACCUACUGUGCUAGGGUCAUCGUGCACGAGCAGGGCGGACAUUGGCGGCAGGUAUCAUCACUCAUCGGGGAGUUGUGGCGGACGAGCCUGGAGCACAACGAAUUCUGCUACACUGCCGGCAUCCGAGCCUGCGACGAGAACGGUGCGUGGCAGCAGGCGCUGCUCUUGCUCGACGAGAUGCCGCUGGCGAGGCUGGAGCCGAACGCGGUCUGCCUCAAGGCCGGCAUCCGCUCCUGCGAGAGAG